AUGGAAUGGCUCGUUCACAUCCCCGAUCUUCCAAAUACCGUCGCACGACGCCUUGCCGUGCGACAACAACACCUCGACGAACUCGAGCCUUUCAUCAAAGACGGCACCGUCGUCUUCGGCGGGGCGACCUUGUCUAAACACCCCAACAAGCAUGAGAAGCUCGACCUGACAGGCAGUCUCAUGGUCGUCAAGGCGGACAGCGAGGAGAAGCUGAUGGAGUUUCUGAAGAGAGACAUUUAUUCUAGAAAUGGCAAUUGGGAUUGGUCCAAGGCACAGAUCACGCCGUUCGUGUCGGCGGGACAGACACCUGUCCUCUAA